AUGGAAAAGAAAAACUUGAAUUGGAGACGUGUUGCAGUAGUAGGAACACAUAAUGAAUCAUCAGAAAAAGUUACAUCAGGAAAGGAAAUGGAUAUUAAAACCGUAGCUGUGGUACAGAAUUACCAUAGUUGUGAGAAAGCAGGUGCACCGCCGACGGCGCCUAAGUCUGCUGAAUACCAGGUUAUGGGUGGAUGCUAUAAAAACCGAAUCAUGUUUGCAAAGCGCAAUGGCUUUUACAUUUUCAAAGCAAUUGUGGUACAUUCCAGCUAUAGUUUCUGUGAACUUAGUACCACAUUUGGUGUGUUUAUAUAUGGAGCCUAUCCAGAAAUCACUUAUUCAUCAGAACUGGUGCUUGGUGCUUUCAUUUUGUCUGUUGCCAUGUCAUCCUCGGACUCGCCAGUUUCUUGGUUAGGGUCUCCAGCUAGUUGCAGUUCUCCAGUGCAAGUAAGAGGGCAAGGACGCCCCUCUUGUUUUCAUAAGAGAAUCAGUAAUGAGGAUGCUGAAGAGUUCCAAUGCAACAGUGACCAACAUAAUUCCCGUGACCCGAGUGAGAACAAUGAUGAUUGCUUAGAGUAUAAUGAAUGGAUCCCUCCAACCUCUGAUACGAUACAAAAAAUAAUUGCUCAAGUUGAAUUUUACUUAUCCGAUGAAAACUUGGCAGUGGAUAGUUUUCUACUAAAGCACAUGAAGAGGAAUAAAAUGGGUUACAUCAGCAUUAAACUUCUCACCUCAUUCAAAAAGGUGAAAUGCUUGACUAAGAACUGGAAGGUAACAGCUUAUGCACUGAAUUAUUCUAAAUUACUAGAAAUCAAUCCAGAAGGAAUAAAGGUUCGUCGAAAAAACCCAGUACCUGAAUUUCUCCUCUCGGUACCACCAAGUAAACGGAUACUGGCAUGGAAUCUUUGCAAGGAUUCUCCAGAGGACAAUAGUGAAAUAUGUGGCCAUAUAAACAUCAUGGAAACAGCAAUGAAAAUCUUUGGUUUUCAUGGUUCAAUCAGUUCAAUUCGCAUCUUGCAACCAGGUAAGGAAAUUCCUGCAGAACUGAAAAAGUAUUCAUUGAAGUAUCCAGAAGUUGGAACCAAAGUUUGUAUUUUGGUUGAGUAUGAAUGUUAUGAAGGUGCCAAAAAGGCUUACGAAGAGCUUGGCAAAAAGCACUGCCACAAUGGUGAAAAUCCAAAAGUUGUCAUACUGACAGGAAAAGGUACCAAAAAAAUAAAUGGCUUAGAUACAGAUGAAUCUGAAGAUUUAAAAAGAUCAAAUUCCAAAAAGUCUUCAAGAUGGCCAGCAAAGACAGAGCAGAUGCAAUAUACUAUGGGAGAGCCUGUUUACAGUUCUUCAGAAUCUGAUGGUGCUAAUUCACCUUCUGUCCAAAGAUAUCUGCAGCAUAGAAUAUGUGAUGCCUGUAACUGCAAUAGCCAAAUAUCAAGCACAGCUUCUUGGUCCCAGUCAUGGAGUGGUCAGCACUGCAGUCCGUGUAUUUCCCAUAGAAGCCUAACUUAUCACCAUCCAUCACCUCUAGCAGAUUUUGUUGGGCAAGAAGUUUGGCCCAGUCCAGGUACAAGUCCAGAAUUUACCAAGAAAUUCCAUGACCAUUUGCCAGAUAGUGGAAAUUAUUCUGGAAGUCCCUGGGUGCAAAGACGUAAGCUAGCUGCCAGUCAGGUUGCCUCUCUAGAAAUCAACCAAACAACAUGUAAGCAGUCGGUAAGGAAGCAUCAAAGUGGUACAGGCUUUCCUUCAGGAUUGGUCCGUCUUCCUUUUGGCCCAGAUGGCACUAAAGGUUUUCAUAACAGCAUUGGAAGAGGAAAGAUAGUUCUAAGACAUUGA